GUUCAGUGCAUAAAGCCCACACAGCUCGUUACUUAUCACUGUCGAGAAGAAAUGGAAGGUGUUCGAUGCAUUUCUAGUACAUUGAUCCAAGCAUCAACUCACAAAGCAGAGAAUCAGAAGGUCGAGUUAAAUCCAUGGGAUCUUCGUUUUCUUCUCGUCGGGUCUAUCCAGAAGGGCCUUCUUUUUCCCAAACCAAAACCCUCGGCAGACGAUGAAAACACCUUCAUCCACCGCUUAAAAGCUUCCUUCUCUACCACUCUCAGCCACUUUCCUCCCCUGGCAGGUCGGCUAGCCACCGCUGAACACGACAACGAUACCGUUUCGUUUUUUAUCGAUUGCAAUAAUGCUGGAGCAUUGUUCAUCCAUGCCAAAGUUGAUGGAGUGACCGUUUCAGACGUUCUCGAGCCUGUUUAUGUCCCAUCCAUUAUUCUUUCGUUUUUCCCACUUAACGGGCUGACGAACUACGCCGGAAUUUCCGAGCCAUUACUCGGGGUUCAGGUGACGGAGCUUGCCGAUGGUGUCUUCCUUGGUUGCACCAUGAACCAUUCCGUAGUUGACGGAACAUCGUUUUGGCAUUUCAUCAAUUCAUGGUCAGAAAUCUCAAGAGGCUGGUCGAUUCACAUAUCGAAACCCCCAGUUUUUCGACGCUCGUUUUUCGAUAAUAUCGAUUACCCCAUUCGAGUUCCUCGGUCAUUGAUCAAGCAAUUCCAUGAAGAUCAAUUAGUUGUUCUUCAACCUCCUUUGAGAGAAAGAGUUUUCCAUUUCACAAAACAAAACAUUGCAAAACUCAAAGCGAAAGCCAACUCCGAGGUCGGAACCGACAACAUCUCGUCUCUUCAAGCACUUUUAUCUCAUCUUUGGCGAUCAAUUGUCCGCAACAAAAAAUUAAACCACGACGAACAGAUGACUUACUGCCUGUGGAUCGGCGCGAGGUCAAGGUUGAGCAAUCUACCCCAACAGUAUUUUGGAAAUGCAAUAAAGAGUGGACUAAUAACCAUGAAAACAAAGGAAGUGCAAGAGCAAAAAGUUGGAGACAUAGCAAGUGAAAUGAACAGACUGAUUUCUGUACAAACUGAAGAAGAGUUUAGAAGGGAGUUCGAGUCUUGGAUAAAAAGUCCGAAGCCGCUAACAAUGGCGUCGAUUGUAAGAAAUUUUACAGAGACAAGCAGUUCGCCUCAGUUCGACAUUUAUAGCAACGAUUUUGGAUGGGGAAGGCCAGUUGCGGUGAGAAGUGGGUUAGGGAACAAAUUAAAUGACAAGUUAACUGUGUUUUGUGGAGCAGAAGAAGGGAGCAUCGAUGUUGAAGCAUGCCUUCUGCCUGAGACCUUGGAAGCCAUGGCUUCUGAUGAUGAAUUCAUGGAUACGGUCACAAUUUAAAGUCGGUGUCUCAACUUCAAUUAUUUUGCAAUAACUGCUUAUACAAUGAAAUAAAUGUAAUGCAUAACGUUAUGUUUUGAUAGAAU